CUUUUCCGAGAUUGAAUCAUAAUAUCCCAGUUAAAAAAAUGAAAAAAGGAAAGACAAAUGAAAGAAAAGUACACUCCCCUCCCGGCCUAAGCCACUUCAAGCUGAGCCCAUUUCCCAGCCCGGCCAUGGCAGCACAUCCAUAAAGUGUGGACCUUCACACGCAGCCUCCUCUUCAGUUCUUCCUUUUUUUUGGUUUUUCGUCUCUCACAUUCAGUACCAGACCGAGAGUCCCCCACUUUGUCGAUCAAUCUUCAGCCUUGUCUUCCUCCCGAAGGUCCAAAAAGGCUGUUACAAUUUUCAGUGGGUUAAGGCCAAUAGCAUUACUAGGUGUGAGAAAGAAGGUCUGAAUUGUAGCAUAAAGUUGUAGAACCGAUGGCGUUGAGGCAGGUUUUAGGGUUCUCGGAUGGCGAGUUGAUGAGGUCGGAUUGCAAACCUUGUUCCAGAUUGAUGAGACAGACUGCCGGUAUUUUCACUGUUGGCGGAUCAUUGGGAUUCUGGAUCCUUUGCCGAUUGCAUUACGGUCCGAGAAUUACAGUUCCGAGGAGUCUUCGGUGGGCAGCUUGUGGAGCGGUAUCUGUGAGCUCUUCCACUGCUUUGCUGGUUCGGUUGUUUAGUCCAGAGUGCGAGCCCCAAAACAUAGCUACUUAUGACAAGGGAAAGUAGCACUAGAUUCAUGAAGGUUGUAUCGUCGUUCUAAGUAAGUUAUGUCGGAUUUGUUAAUCGUUACAGAGGAGUGAUUCCAUGAUGGAUAUUUCGAUUGAUGUAAGAUAUGCCUUGAAAUGGACGUAAACAUUUCGAGUAUCGAAUUAACAGGACUAAGAAUCCUGCUUUUGUUGCAUAAAAGUUUAUCGUCUUUCUUAUACGAUGCGUCUAAUGAGCAAUUUCUCUUAGCAGGAGCCCUUGAAUCUCCUGAAUUUCGGACCUU